ACAGACCACGCCCUGACGCGGAACGGUUCCCGUCGGGGAAACGAAACCGGAGUGCGUAGGGCGGGUUUGGCACCCCCGGCAUCGGAAACCCUUCACGCUGGCAGGGCCGGAGCCGGCCAGAUCCCCCGGCGCCCGCUGGACACGCAGGGACCAACUCGCAGGGCACCCAGGAUGCCCACCAUGACGCUCUGGCUGCCCCUGGCGUGGCUGGUGGCCACAGCCAUGGCCACUGUCAGCCCGGUGCCCACGCCGGAGGCCUCUCCCAGUGGGAUGAAGCUGCUCACACAGCCCUCGACACCACCAGUGCCCCCCCAUCCUGCCCUAGCCCCCCCGCAGGAUGUGGGGGCACCUGUCCUGCCUAUGCCUACCCACCAAGCCCACCCUGAGGGGCUGCCUGGCUGGGAUGCCCCUCACAGGGCCACGGAUGCCCCCAGCCCUGCAGAACCCAAGGGAGCCCCUGAGGAGCCGGAAACCGCAGCCUACGGGACCACAGCUGUGCCCACCACUCAGGGACCCCCAGGCACCACCACCCCGCCGUGCCCCGGGGACGAGGAGCCAGCCGAGGCCUGUGGGGAGCCCACCGGGGAGCAGCGGGCGGCUGUGACCGAGGCACUGGGCACCUUUGCCCUCCGCUUCUACCAGCACAUGGCCGAGGCUGCCCGGCCCGACGCCAACCUACUCUUCUCCCCCCUCAAUGUCGCCACAGGGCUCUCACACCUGCUGCUGGGAGCCCGCGGCGAAACCCGUGAGCGGCUGGGUGCCCUCCUGGCAUACCCACCGGGACUGGGCUGCGUGCACGGUGCCCUGCAGCAGCUGGCCAGCUCGCCUGGCCUCUUCUCAGCCGCCCAGAUCUUCCACCACCCAGAGCUGCGCUUCCGGCCCCGCUUCCUCAACGACUCCCUGCGUUUCUACGGCGCCCGCCCGCGCACCCUGAGUGGCAACGAGAGCCUGGACCUGCAGAGCAUCAACGCCUGGGUGCGGGAGGCCAGCAAGGGGCUGCUGCCCACCCUGCUGCCUGAGCUGCCCCCGCAGCCCCGGCUGCUGCUGCUAAGCGCUGUCCACCUGCAUGCCGCCUGGCGCACGCCCCUGGACCCCGAGCAGACGGUGCCACUGCCCUUCCUGCGCCCCAGGCGCCUCCCAGUCACGGUGCCCACCAUGACCAGCACCAAGUACCCUGUGGCCUCGUUCACUGACUCCCGCUUGCAGGUCCAGGUGGGGAGGCUGGAGCUGAACGAGGGGCUCAGCCUAGUGGUGCUGCUGCCACGGGGGCCCCUGGGGGCACUGGAAACCCUGGAGCGGGCGCUGGACCCCCCCACUUUCCUGGCACUGCUGCGGCGAGCGGCCCAGACGCCCCUCCGGGCCACAACGCUGGCCCUACCCCGAAUGCACCUCGACCUCGCCCUGGACGUGGUGCCCCUGGUCCACGACAUGGACUUCGGGCUGUUCCUGGACGCAGAGCUGUGCGGGCUGGUGGAGGGCCCGGCCGCGGUGGACACGGCGCGGCACCGGGCGGUGCUGGCGCUGGACGAGGCCGGCGUGGAGGCGGCGGCUGCCAUGGCCACCUCGGUGGCGCGCUCGGCGCUGGUGCUGGAGGCGCUGCGCCCCUUCCUCUUUGUGCUCUGGCACGACGCCGGCGAGGUGCCCGUCUUCAUGGGCCGCCUCAGCGACCCCCAGCCCUGACCCUGCCCCUCCCGCCCCCGCCCUCCCUCCUCUCACCCCUCCGUCCUUCCCUCUUGCCUCCUCCUCGCCCUCCUCCCUCCAUC